AGGGGGGCCUACCUGAAUUUCUCCAAUAAAUACUAUUGUUUGCGUUUUCCGUUUGGGGUAGGCUAAACCGUUUCUGUUGCAAAACGUAAACGUUUACAGUUUAAGAACCAAACAGAAGCAAACCGAGCAAAACUACAUUUUAUAUUGGACAAAUGCAUGUAGGUCCCGGCCGGUUUUGUUCCGUUUGCUUCCGUUUAAGAAACGUUUUGCAACAGAAUCGGGUUAAUGAAUACGCCCCAGGUAUGCAGGUGGAGUUGCAAAUGUUCGGAUGGGGCGGAGUUAAUUGUCACUGGCGCAGAAAAAAACCCAUCUGACACUCCAUCGGGCUUGGAGCAAACAGACGGAAUGGCCACCGAUUUUACUCAGGAUUCGGUGCUGUACUUUCUCCGGUGCAACGGUGGAAGAGUGAAGAACGCUGAAUUGUUGGCGCACUUCAAUGCGUUUGUAAAGGACCACGAGAACCAGACGCACAAUCGGGAACUGUUUAAAACGUUUAUUAACUCCGUGGCUGUGGUGAAAACGGAGGAGGGAGUUAGAUACGUUGUAUUGAGGAAGAAAUUUCUGGGCCAUGUUGCUGGAGGAGAUAUCACCGCCGGAUCCCAUUCCCCAAAACUCCCCACCGGACAACAACCUGCGCCACAAGACCGCUCACCGAGAGAUCCGGUAAACAGAAACCAGGAGAGAGGUCAGAAGGAAUUGAUCGAGACGCACUUGCCCGUCACACAUCAGAAGUUCCACGUUCCACCGGGCAACACCAUCCAACUCACAGAAAAGAUAUUGUCCUCGGCUGGAAUUGUAAACAAAAACAAUGUGAAAAGUACAAUCAACUUCGAAAAGCCUAUCCAAAGCUCCUCGCCAUAUGUGACCGACCAUGCGCUACCUCCUGCAUCCAGCAACAGAGAGGCACCGUUCCGCCCAUCUUACAAUGCAGCAAUAUCAAAGGGGUCAGAAGAUGGGAGUGGUCAGAGCAUAGAAGCAAAAUGGGAUAAAGAACCCGUGACUCUCCCUCUUUCAGUCCCAGAACUGAAUCACAAAGGCAUUUACAUGGGUGGUUACACACUUGGCAAGCAGUCAAUAGAACCCAAGAGGUCCUAUCUGCCCCCUGAGUUCCUAUACACAGAGGUGAAACCUCCGGCACAUCAGCCUCACCUAGCACAGGUGCCACAGAAUGCAGUACAGCCAAAGAGGAAGACUUCUGAAGCUGACCACAGAGGAGCCUCUGCAGCUACAGGAUGGCCACUGCUCACCACUCUAGAGCAUGCCAGCUCCUUUCCUUGUUUAUCUGAUGGUUACAGUCCUUCUGCUGCUCACCUGACCCCUGACCCCCACCAGGUGACAAGGAGUAAUGGCAACCUGGAUGGCAGUCUUCACCUCCACCAUAGCAUUCCACAGCAGCCCAGACCAAAACAAGAUGGAGUCCCUGACCCAGUCCCUAUCCCUGACAUUCACAGCCAGUAUCCGGAGGAGAGUAGAGCUGCUGUUCCCCAGUCCGGGGUCAAGCCCCAGCCUCCCCAAUGCUGCCUACCCAUGGACUACCAGUACCACACCCCCGCUGCUGCUAGUGGUAGGUCUUCUGGUUACUCAGAGCAGUACCACCAGCAGGCUGACUCUGGCCUCUCCUCCCGUCACAGCCACAACAGCCUCCUCCUUGCCCCAUCACUGGACUCCAGGGAUGAGUGGCCCCAGGGUUCCCGUAGAGAUGAGUGGGCCAGCUAUGAAGCCCUCAACUACCAGGUUCUCUCGGGUGAGCAGCUCUCUCAGAUGCAUUGUGCCGAGAAGCGAGCCCCCGGGCCUCACCAUCACUCCACCGGUUACCUUGACAACGAGGUGGACAUAUCAUCGUCAUGGCACCAUUCCACAGGUUAUCUCCAUGACGAUGACGGGUCAGAGUCCAACGAGUCCACCUCUAUUCCUGGUUCGGCCCCCGAACCCUUCCUCCGACCCGCCGUCCAGCGAAUCAGCACCCAGCUCCGCAGCCGCAUGUGUCGUAGUCUCGGAGCCGACCUGGACCAACGGUUUCCGGAGGAUGGCGUCUCGGCACGGCACAACCGUCUCCAGCUCCUCUCCUCCAACCUCAGCAUCAGCCACUCCUUCUCCCACCCCACCUCACGUACACCCAGCUACAGAGACCUGAGGGGGGAGAUGCGAUCUGGGACCUCCAGUAACAAGAGCUUAAACAGUGGCCAUGACAGCUCCUACUUCCACCGGCACAACCUGGUACCCCUGGAGUCCAAGGAGCAUGACUGGCUGGUGAAGGGUGCAGCUGGAUUCUGGGCUGACAUUUACACCCUGUUCAGAGAUGAACCCAGCCUCCUCACCAAGAGAGACUUCAUCACUGGUUAUACCAUCCUGCACUGGAUCGCUAAACAUGGAGACCACCGGGUCCUCAACACACUCUGGUACGGAGUCAACAAAGCCGGGUUGAAACUGGACGUGGAUGUGAAGACUACCUGUGGCUACACGCCUCUUCACCUGGCUGCCAUCCACGGGAACAACAAGAUGAUCCGGCUUCUGGUUCAGAAGUUCAGCGCCAACGUGGCCCUCAGGGAUACUAGUGGUAAGAAGGCCUGGCAGUACCUCAGUCGCACCGGCCCAAUGGACCUUCUAGAGAUGCUAGGGACCCCUCAGUGCUUGAUCUCCACCGAGGGUAGCUCCUCAUCCCAGUCCACAGGAGAGAGACCCACAAGGCCGGUGACAUCCUCGGGCUCAGCCGCGGUGAAGAGGUCCACGUCUAUAGCUGCGUUCCUGAAUAAGACUCUAAUGAAGUUCCCAGGACGGGAAGGUUCGCGGUCGUCCGACUCUUUAGUGUGACAAUAGUGUGUCUGUCCCGCUAUGACCUCUAUUCUAAUGGCACCAGCCACUUACUAACUAGGCUGUGUGGGUUUUUCACAACUUUGAUUUGCCACUUAAAAUCGGAUUUGCUUUCUUUGUUAUUGCAAAUGUUAAUCCAUUAAUUUUUUUUAUAUUUUUUUUUUAGACCAAAUAAUUGAAUAAGGGGGUAGGGAUUGUGUUAUUGAGCUGUCUAAAUUAAUGUAUUAUGAAUGGAUAUGACAGACGUUAAUAACUGUAUCACGUGUGAUAACAAAAGCAAUAGAAUCAGUUCUGUGAGGUCGGAGUUAUAAAGAGAUUGUAUUACGUUAUUAUAUUUCAGUAUAAUUGCUUUGCAGUUGUGUUUAUUGUGGCGAGACCCUUGUUGUUUGUUUGCUACUGGGGAAAUGGCUUCCAGUCUAGUGUUUUUUUAAUGACCAGAGAAGAACCUUUUCAAAAUGUCUUCUCUCCAACAAAAGUCAGUUAAGUGCUUCAGCAGUUUCAUGUUUCAGGUGGUUACCUGACAUUGGAAUGUGGUUUUGUUUGUUCAAAGGCCUGUCAGAGUAGCAAUGUAUAUUACAUCAUCUGACUAAAGGAAAAGAAUCCUCCCUUACACCAGGUUUAAUAUGAUGCCAACUGUUCACUAGUUUAAAUCCCCAAAGGUUGAGUGUGGUUUAUAAUGCACGGUUGUUUUACAAGGUUCAUUAUCCAUUUUUGCGUUAUUAUAUUGACACCACAAAGUUGAAUCACACAAGCUGUUUUCUCUCUAUAUGCACUCAUGUUUCCAGAUGCAGCAUGUCCUGAAGUACUAAAACAAUCCAAAAUGCUAUUCAUUUAAUGUCACUCUAAAGUCAUUUCCUUAAAGACCCAGUGCAGUCAAAAUUCAGUUUUUUCCCCCUGUGUUUUGUAUAAUAUUGUACAACAGCUGAUGAAACUAACUCUGUAAAAGUGUUUUUUAUUUAAAUUUUUAUUUUAAGCAGUGUUAUUUCCUGAUAGUUGCUGGUUGAAAAUACAUUAUACUCAGGAUCUUCUAAUCAGCAGGUGGGCGGGAGUUUCGGCUUUCCAUGGUGACAUCACCAUGUUUUAAAUAGGUUAAUAGGCCAAUAUCAAGAGUUCCAAACAUCUUUGCCAAUAACAGCUAGUUUUCAGUUUUUCCCUCCCCACUCAGACCACUCCCAGACACUCCUACCAAAUGUUAUUUUGUUGCUAACAAACCCUUUUCCCCCUUUUUAAUGGAAAUCUGUUAUUUGUCACAUGCUUCGUAAACAGAUGUAGACUAACAGUGAAAUGCUUACUUAAAGAUACUUUUCUGACAAUGCAGCGUUAAAGAUACAUUUAAACAACAUAAAAACAAGUAAAAUACGUUAAGGUACUUCAUUGUUACCCAGAAAUGAUUUAACGUUGCUAUAGAAACAGCUGCGUUGAGCCUUUUUAACCUCUCUUAUUAUCAUUUUAAUUUGUUUUGUUUCCAACACUAAUAUAAUUGAUCCAAGUGAAAUGUUAACCUGUGUUGAACAUUAAGUUGCAGAGAGCGGGUUAACAGAGGUUCUGAUUCAAAUAGCAGCAUAUUCCCUAUGUAUCACACUGCUCUGGUCAAAAGUAGUCCACUAUAUAUAUAGGGAACACGAUGCCCAUUUGGAUGCAAGACAAAGGCUCUUCAGGUGCUGGAUUCAUACAGUGGAUGUAAAACAGACAUGAUGAACAAUUCUACGUGCCAGCUACGGCUCUGGAGGGCUGGAGGUAUACAAGGGACCAGGGGAGGCUUCAGAUCGGGGGACCCUCUCCUUCGUCGCCCCUCCAGACUGGAGCUCUGGAUGUCUACCGUGGCGGUUCUAGACCAUUUCAACUGGGAGGGGCCAAGCUGGGACCAGUUGUACUGUUAGAGGGGCCAGUUACAUUAGACGUUAUUGUUGUCGUAUCGUUUUGCAUGUGAUACGAUACUGUUGUGUUCUGCCUAAAGCCGUCCCUCUAGAAAAUGUGUUGGUUUAAAUUAGUGUUCCGCGUUGCCACUGUCUAAUAAUGGAUGUAAAAAAAAAAACAAUAACUAAUUUUUGCUAUGUAAACGGUGGAUAGGAGGUGUCUAUGAAAGGCUGUGCUGUGUGAGCGGCCGGGCCGGGCCACUGUGUGGGACUUGAUGAGGCAUGUCGAGGAAAACGUGUCCUUUGUGUUGCUGUCAUGCUGCUACCAGGACGACGCCGUCCUUGUGCCUCAAAUGUCACCCUAUCGCCUAAAUAGUGCACUACUUUUGACCAGAACCCAGUGGGCAAUGGUCAAAAGUAGUGCACUAUAAAGGGAAUAGGACGCAGGCCCUUAUCGGGAGAAUAGGUUCGGUGAGGGCACAUUGAGAUUGGCCUCCUUUUUUAAACUUUUAUCUAACUUAACUCAAACUUUAAAGUUGACUUAUACAACUUCAAACGAAAUAGUUUUGCAGUCCACAUUGGCACUAUCCAAGUCUAACUGUAAUACUCUCAAGGUGAGUCAUAACUUGAAUACAGUAUGUUUGUGUACAUGGAAGCGUCUGCAUGUUGGCUCUUGUCACUGGAAGAGUGUUUGGGGAGGGUGCUGUGUUCGGCAGGUUUUUCAAGCCUGCGUUUCUGUGGUUGUAUAACUAGGUGAAUUUCAGUUAUGUAAUAUUGCCUUGUCUGACUACAGCUUUUUCUUUCUGUUUGAAUAAAAACAUGUCAUUGUAUAUUAA